AUGGCUCCUACUACACCGGCCACACAGACAACCUCGAGCACCGCCUCCAGCAGCACUACGACGGCGUAUUCGGAUACACCGCCUCCCGGAAACCCUUAUCGCUGGUAUAUUCCUGUCCCUUUCCGACCCGAGCGGAGGCCCUGGAGUCCGAACUGCGGAUCAAGGGCUGGAGUCGAACGAAGAAGGAGGCUUUGA